UGUUGCAUAAUGUAGCCGCAAGGGGACACAAGCCAGUGUCUUAUUGUGCCGGGCCCAAGCACGGAUAAAUAUAGAGGGUUGUGUCAGGAAGGGCAUCCGACGUAAAACUUUGGCCAAAUCAAACAUGCGAAUCAAAUGUAUGACUUCCAUACCGGAUCGGUCGAGGCCCGGGUUAACAACGACCGCCAUUGAUGCUGUCGACCUACAGGGUGCCAGUGGAAAAUGGACGACUGUUGGUCGAAGAAGGAGGGAAGAAAGGUGUGUUCGUAGGAAGAGAGGGAAGAGAAACACCAAGAGUCUAGGACUGAGAGUAGGGACUUUGAAUGUUGGAACUAUGACAGGAAAAGAUAGAGAGCUGGUUGACAUGAUGCAGAGGAGGAAGGUAGACAUCCUCUGUGUCCAGGAGACCAGGUGGAAAGGUAGUAAAGCUAGAAGUUUAGGAGCAGGGUUCAAGUUGUUCUAUCAUGGUGUAGAUAGGAAGAGAAAUGGAGUAGGAGUUAUCUUGAAGGAGGAGUUUGUUAGGAAUGUCCUGGAGGUAAAAAGAGUGUCAGAUUGAGUGAUGAGCCUGAAGCUAGAAAUCGAAGGUGUGAUGUUCAAUGUUGUUAGUGGGUAUGCUCCACAGGUAGGAUGUGAGCUGGAGGAGAAGGAGAAAUUCUGGUUGGACCUUGAUGAAGUGAUGCAGAGCAUCCCUAGAAGUGAGAGAGUUGUCAUUGGUGCAGAAUUCAAUGGACAUGUUGGUGCAUGGGCAGGUUUGGUAUCCAGGAGAGGAACGCAGAAGGACAGAUGGUGGUUGACUUUGCAAAAAGGAUGGAAAUGGCUGUAGUGAAUACUUUCUUCCAGAAGAGGCAGGAACAUAGGUUGACCUAUAAGAGUGGAAGUUGGAGCACACAGAUAGACUACAUCUUGUGUAGACGGUGUAAUCUGAAGGAGAUCAGUGACUGCAAAGUAGUGGUAGGUGAGAGUGUAGCCAGACAGCAUAGGAUGGUGGUGCGUAGGAUGACCCUGGUGGUGAAGAAGAUGAAGAGGGCAAAGGCAGAGCAGAGGACCAAAUGGUGGAAUUUGAAAAAGGAAGAGUGUUGUAUGGAGUGGUGCAGGACAUGUAUGAGGACUGUAAGACAGUGGUGAGGUGUUAUGUAGGAGUAACAGAGGAGUUCAAGGUGGAGGUGGGACUACAUCAGGGAUCAGCUCUGAGCCCCUUCUUGUUUGCUAUGGUGAUGGACAGGAUGACAGACGAGGUUAGACAGGAGUCUCCAUGGACUAUGAUGUUUGCAGAUGACAUUGUGAUCUGUAGUGAGAGCAGGGAACAGGUGGAGGAGAAGCUCGAGGCGUGGAGGUUUGCCCUGGAAAGGAGAGGAAGGAAGGUUAGCCGCAGCAAGACGGAGUAUCUGUGUGUGAAUGAGAGGGAACCAAGUGGAAGAGUGAGGUUACAGGGAGAAGAGAUCAAGAAGGUGGAGGAUUUUAAGUACUUAGGGUCAACAGUCCAGAGCAAUGGAGAGUGUGGAAAAGAGGUGAAGAAGCAUGUACAGGUAGGCUGGAACGGCUGGAGAAAAGUGUCAGGUGUGAUGUGUGAUAGAAGAGUUUCAGCUAAAAUGAAAGGAAAGGUUUACAAAACUGUGGUGAGACCAGCCAUGUUGUUUGGUCUGGAGACAGUGCCCCUGAGGAAAAGACAGGAGGCAGAGCUGGAGGUAGCAGAACUGAAGAUGCUGAGGUUCUCUUUGGGAGUGACCAGGAUGGAUAGGAUCAGGAAUGAGUACAUCAGAGGGACAGCACAUGUUAGAGGCUUUGGAGAUAAAGUCAGAGAGGCCAGACUGAGAUGGUUCGGACAUGUCCAGAGGAGAGAGAGUGAAUAUAUUGGUAGAAGGAUGCUGAGUUUCUCACUGCCAGGAGGGAGGCCUAGACGAAAACCAAAGAGGAGGUUUAUGGAUGUGGUUAAAGAGGACAUGAAGGUAGUUGGUGUGAGAGAAGAGGAUGCAGCAGACAGGGUUAGAUGGAGGCAAUUGAUUCGCUGUGGCGACCCCUGAAGAGAAAAGCCGAAAGGAAAAGAAGUUUGUGUUGCUUCAUGGUUUUCCUUGAUGUGUUUUUUUAUUUUUGCUUCUUUUGAGGAUGAAGAUCUGGGGCCUGUUUCACGAAGCAGGUUUAGUGAAAACUCUGAGUUUAUUAACCCUGAAAUGAGGGGAAACUCAGAGUUUUCCGUUUCACAAAGUGAGGUAACUCUAACCAGGGAAUGCGGGGUAACUCUAGCCUGUUUCACAAAGCGAUGUAACUUAAACUCUCGGUCAGUUACCGCAGUAACAGACUCUAUGACUCUAACCAGGUCGCCAGCAGGUUUAUCUGAGAAAACCUCGAGUUUCUCUCCGUCUCCGCCCUCUUUCAGCCACACACGCUGUUUGAUUUCCUCAUUCAUUCAGUCAGUAAGCGAGCAAGUUUUAGCGUAGAACAGCAUUUAUUAACGAUCCAGCGAAUGAAGGAGCAGCAUUACUGCACAGAUAAUUAAAUAUUCGUCGGUAGAUUGUUAUCAGACCUCUCGUAAAUGUUCUCGCAUUUCCGGACAAUUAUCAUUUUGAGCGGUACCGUGUCAUAAUUGUUUCUCGUCCAUAAUCUACAUAAACAACCUAAUCCGUCCUUACAUUUACAUUACCAACCAGUCAUGCUCUCACAUCCAGCAGAUAUUGUGUGUUGCUUUGCGGUUCUUUGCAAAUGGAAGUUUUGAUAUAAUAUCAGAGAUGCAGAGCACUACAGUAAGACAACUGUAUGCAGGACGGUCAGAAAAGUGUCCCUGGCCCUGAAAUGGCUUUUACUAAUCAUUGUGGUUUUCCCUGGACAUAAACCUGUCAGAGCAUCAAGGAGGAGUUCCACAGGAUUGCAGGUGAAUGAUGUAGAGAUCUGUUAAAUGAAUUUAAACCAUAUUCUGUUAAUGACAUUGUGCUGCAACCUCAGACUGGGAUUAGUCAUUUUAAUUUCUUUUAGGAUUUCCCACUGUGAUUGAAUGCAUAGAUGCACACACAUCCCCAUCACAGCUCCCUCACAUCAUGAAUAGGAAGUCCAUUCACAGCAUAAAUGUGCAGGUAGGCUACAGGUAGACUGACUACGGUGUCUAAAUGUUGAAGACUGCAUCAUAGUUCAACAUCUGUCAUUCUCUGCACUGUCCAGAUCAUAUGUGAUGCUGCAUACAUGAUUUCCAAUGUGGAGGCCAAGUGGUCUGGGUCUGUUCAUGACUCCAGGAUUUAUGGAGAGUCUAACCUGAGCAACAGACUGCAGCGUGGAGAGUUUGAUGGCCUUCUGCUGGGUGACAGGGGUUACCAUGCCAACCCAGGCUGAUGACCUCAUACCCUGAACCUGAACCAGGCUCCCAACAGAACUUCAACCGGGCUCACUGCAGGACCAGAGCCUGGGAGGAGAUGACCAUAGGCCUGCUGAAAGCCAGUUUCCAGAGCCUCCGUCUCCUCAGGGUGACCCCUGAGAGGGCCUGUGAUAUUACUGUCGCAUGUGUUGUUCUUCAUAAUAUUACCAAUAUUAGAGGAGAGCAACACCCUGCCCUACAAACUGAAGACCCAGAUGAUGAGCCCAUCCACCUGCAGCUAUGCAGGACAGCAGAACAGUCAGAGGCACCGUAUGCAAUAAUCACUUUAGAGUUAAGUCACCAUCAUUGCCACCACAGCAGUCAAAUAAAGACACUACACAUUUCA